AUUCUGUGAUUUUAUAUGAUUUUUUGAACAUAUGCUGUUUUUGGUCGAAAACUCAGAAAUCAUGACGUCACUAAAACCUCGAUAUCUCAAAAAAUUUUCGACCGAUUUUUUUUUUUUGAAACUUUGUCACAACAAACUUCAAUCAAUUCCCUACAGGUAUCUAAAAUUUGGCGCACCUGCGGCGCGCCGUUUUUAUGCUAUAGCGCGGCGAAAAAAGUAGGGGCGUUUAACGCCCCCCCCCCCCCAGCAACUCGCGGGUUAAAAUCCGAUGAUUCCUUGUCACAACUUAAGUGGGUAUACUUUUUGACCUUAAAUCAUCAUAUCUUCAAUGCGAUUGGCAAUAUUUCACACGUCAAGCUCUAUUUUGAUUCAUUUGAUAGGGGCGAAAAAAACGCGUGAAGAGGCGUAGGUAUGUAUCAUUUUAAUCAUGUGCAUUGUGCAUAUUCAUUUUUAUUCUCUAAACAUAGGUACAUUUAGGUGCGUCAAAGGAGGUCAAACACGCCCAACGCCGUUCAGGAAAAGGAACGACUAACAGCAACGGAAAUGUCAUUCAAUCGCCGGUCCGUCUUUUGAAUGCGGAUAAAGAACGCGCCACGAAUGGGCGAAUUUCGAGACUGGCCAAAAGCAAUCACAGCCCGCUCCGAAUAUCCCGCUUGCUGCCCCUCCAACAGCACAAGUACACAAUGACACAUGUAUCUGUACAUUAUCUCACACUUGCAUUAUUUACUAUUUCGCUUGCAAUGUGCCCUUUCCGAUCAAAGCAUGUGCCCUAUGCGACCUUUGGGACGCAGUAAAAAAUCCUUAAAAUAUGCCCUGGCGUCCAAGGCCCCGGACCUCUCUGCCUGGUUGAUUGAUAUAGCCUUGAUCGGUGUUUGUAGAUGUGCACAUGUGCUUUAUAUAAAAGUGGCCUAAUUUUCGCACAAAUAGGCACCCAAUUUUAAACGCAAGUCAUGCAGAAAUUUGAGCGCAAAAUUGCUUGCGCCGAAUGUCGGCCUCACGGGCGUCCGGCGUAGUGCAUGGAUGUUUUCCAGUCUGGGCGUUGGUGGCCUUGCGAGGCAGCCAUGUCAGUUUAUCAGCCCAGGGCUGAUGACACGGCUGCCAAACUUGUCCUUCAGCCAUGGUGGCAGUGAGGAAAGUAGUUACAACUUACAUGUUAAGUUUGACCAUUUACUUUGAGAAUUAGGUAGCUGUAUUUUAUUCAUCAAAUGCAUGGUGCUUUAUCAUGGAACCAGAUCUUCUUCUUCUCUUCUUAUCCUUCAUUCAGUUCCACAUAUCGGGUGCACCAUCAGGCUGCGCUGAUGACCCUCUGUUCUCCAUUAUCUCUACUUUUGGCCAAUUGCAACUUUGCAAAAUUGCAACAAUUGAAUUGCAACUUUGGGUUUGGCUGUAAUGAAAUAAACUGAAAACCCUGCGACUACCAUCGUUGCGAUGCAGGCGGCUAUGCACUGUGAUUGUAGCGGUCAACUUCCGCCGCAGACUAGGGAUUUCUCUUCCAAGCUGUGUUUAAAUGUACGGACUAGGGUUGCUAUGUUUGUCAUAGCGGUGGAAGAAAUUGGUCAGAUUUUCGUCUGCCAUGGACUUUGAUCCUGUGGAGGAUGGCCUGUUUUUAGGUAGCAGAAGGGGACUGCAAGAUUUUCUGCUCUCCCACACCAGUUCGACUGUGAAGGUGCUGACCAUCGAGAGCGAUGAUUUGUCUCAGGUUCCUUCCGGCGUGUCGGAGCAUAAAUUUAUACAAGUGGAUGACUUAGUAACAGCUGAUCUUCUCUCUCAUUUUGACGACAUAGUGUCGUUCAUCAAGACUGGACUGCUGGCAGGUGCUGUAUAUGUGCACUGUCGGCACGGCGUCUCCCGAAGCGCCACUGGCUGCGCCGCCUACCUGAUGGCCAAACACGGGAUCUCUGCCGACGACGCCGUACAGAGACUGCGCCAGUGUCGGCCCUGUGUGAGCCCCAACGCGGGCUUCCGUCGACAACUGGAGCUGUACGAACGACUCGGGUAUCGCACAUCCCUCGAGCAGCCAGAGUUCCGUCGGUACAGACUCCGUGCCGCAGCGCAGGCCGCCGGAAUGGACCUGUCCCGCCUGACGACGCUGUCUGAACCGCUGCUGGUGGCUGACGCCGGCCUCCCGGGCGCGGCCGGUCCCCCGGCGGCCGUCUACAGGUGCCGACAGUGCCGCACGGCCCUGUUCUCCGAGCACUCAGUCAUCAAGGAGCAGGAAAAGGCGCCUGGUGUGACCGCCGGCUGCAUCCGCCUGCUGCCGCUACCCUGGAUGACUACCGCGCUCUGCCAGCCGCGGGGACGCCUCAGCUGCCCGCGCUGCUCGCACAAACUGGGGUCGUUCAGCUGGCUGCCCGACUCUGGUCUACCGGAGGAGGACUUUGAGCCGUCGUUUCUCAUCACGCGGUCUCGCGUCGACCACUGUCCACCACGAGUUGCUGCGCUGUGUAUAGCACAGAGGCCCCUGGCGGAGAAACCACGUACUAUAGUUGCGAAUGGCAGUCGAUAGAUGACACUGACCACAGUUACGGGCCUGGUGCCGUGCGAGAGACGAGUUUGCGUCGUUAUGUUUAAAGAUGGGACCAUUUAAUAUCGGACCAUUUCAGAAGUUGUCAGAUUUGUCUGUACACACUCUCAGUCAUUGAGUGGACACCCAAGUGGCUUCUCCCAUUGGAUAGUCCAAGACUCGUCCAUGAAUCUUCGACUGCUGCCUUGUUCGUUUAAUCAUUUAGUGUUCGUAUUUUUGCUGGCCAUUAGCGCCUCGAGAAGCAUCGCGCUACAUAGCCGUUUGGCUCCAUUGGAGUUAUAAGUGACAUUGUGACUGGUGCCAUCCGUGGGCAUAAGUUGACUCAAAUCCGACGCACAAUGUCGGUAUUGUUACACAGUGGAGACACAAUCCCAAUGGUUAAGGAUCUCUCACGUGAUGCCUGUGAUAUGUGAAUGGUGUGUCUGGUGGAAAGAAAUGGUACUUUCCUCCCGUGUAUUGCCUCCACUUGAAAUGAAUUCCAUCUCUCGCCCUAUUUUACGAUAUUUUUCAUAGUCACUUCAAUGCACCACAUAUUGGAUCAAGCCCGGAGCUGUAUGGAAACCAGUAACCCACCGUUUGAGUCAGUAACGCGCCAUUUCGUAUUACGUUUGGGUGGGUUAUUGCAGCAAUUGGCCUUUCAGUGUUUUAUGCAUUCGCCACUUGGCAAAUUGUACUGUGAGCUUUGAGCGUUUAACGAGCGUAAAGACAGGCAAGACAUAUUCCAUGUUCACCUCAAAUGGUGACUCGCACUCUAUCAGAAUUAUUGAGGUUGUGUUUCCGCCGUUAUGAUUCAUUGGAAAAGUGCAGUUGAUUCCUAGUACAACAUGCUAAAGAGUGGCGUACCACUCACUGCCUUGCCCGUCUGAAUGUCUGAGUCGCUCGUAAACCGAUAUUAAAGGGCGUCGGUUGGCUUUAAUAACCAUUGUAAAGAAAUAACUUCGCAUACUUUAGUAUCAAAGUGCAUCGUAUCGCUGUGUGCAGAGUGGCCCUUUGUCAUGCAAGUGGAGAGGAAAUACACAAUGUUUCCAUGAAA